GACUCAGCAAGGCGUUACCGCACGGACAGAGGGUGGCGCACCUGCCACUCCUACUAUUUAUUACCACUCCUCCUAGACCAAUUCUGAGCAAAGCCAAAGCCAAGAAUUGCUCCGCUUAAAAAGGACCCUUGCUGUUCAGCUUGGCUUCACUGGUAACCUGCAUUGCAGCUUCAUUGAUCAGUGAUUUGCAUUGCAGAAUGGCGAGCGAUGUUGUAUGCGGAGCGACUCGUUCGUUGGCCUCCUCGCUAAUCCCUCUCAGAGGGCAGCACCAGCAGUCUGCGGCGCCAUGUGCAGAUGAGCUCCGCGCAUCGUCGUUCCUCCACCACUCCUUCCGCAGCACCGCGCUGGUCUCUCAAGGUGUCGCAGCGCGGGGACGGGCAGCGCCACGCGUCCGGUGCGUGGCGGAGCCAAUCCAGAAGGAGGCGGUGCGGACGCGCGUGAAGAGGAAUGUGAACCUGGGCAAGCUGCAGGCAGGCUAUCUCUUCCCAGAGAUUGCUCGACGGCGCAAUGCACACCUGGCGCAGAACCCCGAUGCGCGCAUCAUCAGCCUGGGCAUUGGGGACACGACGGAGCCCAUUCCCAAGGUGAUAGCUGAGGCGAUGGAGGCGGCGGCGCGCGGGCUAUCCACGCUGGAGGGGUACAGCGGGUACGGCGCGGAGCAGGGGCAGGGGGCGCUGCGCGGGGCGCUGGCCAGCACCUUCUACAAGGGCCUGGGCGUGAAGGACAGCGAGAUCUUUGUGUCAGACGGCGCCAAGUGUGACAUCAGCCGGCUGCAGCUCAUGUUUGGGCCUGCGCUGAGCGUGGCGGUGCAAGACCCCUCGUACCCGGCCUACGUGGACAGCAGCGUGAUGCUGGGCCAGACGGGCGAGUACGACACGGGCGUGCAGCAGUACCGCAACAUCGUGUACAUGCCCUGCACGCCGCAAAACAACUUCUUCCCCGACCUCUCCGCUACGCCGCGCACCGAUGUCAUCUUCUUCUGCUCCCCCAACAACCCCACAGGCAACACCGCGUCGCGCGCACAGCUGGAGGAGCUAGUGGCCUUUGCCCGCAAGAACGGGUCCAUCAUUGUGUACGACUCGGCAUAUGCCAUCUACGUUGAGGACGACAGCCCCAAGUCCAUCUACGAGAUUCCGGGGGCCCGCGAGGUGGCCAUCGAAACAGGCUCCUUCUCCAAGUAUGCCGGUUUCACCGGGGUGCGCCUGGGCUGGACGGUGGUCCCGGACGAGCUGCAAUACGAGGACGGCUUCCCCGUCAUCCGCGACUUCAACCGCGUCAUGUGCACCUGCUUCAACGGGGCCUCCAACAUCGCGCAGGCGGGCGGCCUGGCGUGCCUGUCUCCGGAGGGCCUGGCGGCGAUGCAGGAGCUGGUGGCGUUCUACAAGGAGAACACGCGCAUGCUGCGGGCCACCUUCACGGAGCUGGGGUUCUCGACGUAUGGCGGCGUCAAUGCGCCGUAUGUGUGGGUGCAGUUCCCAGGGCGCAGCUCGUGGGACGUGUUCGAGGAGAUCUUGACCAAGGCGGACAUCGUGACUACGCCGGGGAGCGGGUUUGGGCCCGGGGGCGAAGGGUUUGUGCGCGCAAGCGCUUUCGGGCACCGGAAGAACAUUGUCGAAGCGAUCGACAGGUUGAAGAAGUUGUACGGCAAGUAGGACACGUAACCGUCCCGGCCCCUCACAGUCUGGACACACUUGCUGAGUUCAAACGUUUCUGUCCUUACGCAGCCAUAUUCAAACUUGGAUUUCCCAAAAUACAGAAGCCUUUGCUAUUCGGAGGUUUGGCGAGAGUCACAAGCAUUAUGCAACACGGACUGUAUCCUUAUAUAUAUGCGUAAGUUUCCAGUGCCUAGUUGCAAUGAGACAAUUUAAUGAGUAUACAUGUCAUGUAG